AUUUUUUUUUUUUUUAGUGGAAGUGGAGUCCACAUAACAAAAUUGUUUUAGAGCAGUGAAUUCUAAUUUAGUGCACUGAGUUUUUUCAUAUUGUUGUACAAGGGUCAGUCUCCUCUACCUAGUUCCAAAAACACUUUCAUCACCCCCAAAGGAGACCCUCUACCCCUUAAAGCAGUCACUCCCCAGGCCCUGCUUCCCCAGCCUCUGGCCAUUAGCAAUCUACUUUCUGUCUCUGUGGAUUUACCUAUUCUGGAUAUUUUGCAUAGACGGAAUCAAACAACAUGUGGCUUUUUGGGACCCAGUGUCUUUUUUAGACAAUCACCCCCCGCCCCCGAAUCUACCAUCUCUUGCCAAGAUCAGGGGAUAAACUUUCUAAUUAGAAAGAAUGAAGGCAAACUCUCGACUUGAAUUCAUAGUUCAAAUGUCCCACAGAAGUAUCUUUCCAUCUUUAUAAAUGACAUCUCUGCUCUCCCCAAAGCACAGUGCUGGGCAUCUGCCCAUCAGGACGGAUGAGCCCUGCAGGAAGAGGGAGCAGAAAGGCCUGAGGCGCCUGCAGGCUGCCCUGGGACCAGGCCAGGACAAGGGACCCAGGGGCCAUCAUGCAGGGUUUGGGGCAGGGGGGAAGGUGCUGCAGGAAGGCCCUGGCCCUCCACACACAGUGACCGCCCUGGGAUCCUCCUCUGAGGAGUCCGCUGCCUCCUCCAACCACACCUUGUGUGUGCCAUUCGGGAAAACCCUAGUUCAUCUGCUAAAUUCAGGAUACAACCCUGGCUGUUCCGGGCUUUUCUUUCUGCCUUUCCCUAAUUGCAUCUGGGCGUGCUCUCUUAAAGGGGAAGUGGUGCGUUCUGACUGGCCAGGGCCCUCAGCCAGCAGCCAGGAAACAGCUCCCACGAGUCGCGCUGCCCAGCGUGUCACUGGCUCAGCCUCCUUAUCCAAACGGCAAGCCUGUCUCCCCGGGAUGUAGAGAAGACACGGUUCAAUGUGCAGACCUUCUCCCUCUCCGGCGUCUCCACCCUCCAAUUCUAGGACAUCACUAGUACAGGUGAAAACAAAAGCCUGUCUCAGCGGCCAUAACUCUGCCAGCAGCACCUCAAAGCCAUUCAAAACGCCCAAAGACAAUCUCCUUACCUCCAGCAGCAAACAGCACACAAUCUUUCCUGCAAAGGGAUCGAGGGACAAACCAUGUGUUCCGGUUCCCGUAGUCAGUUUAGAGAAAAUUCCUAACCUAGUGAAGGCAGAUGGUGCCAAUGUCAAAAUGAACUCUACAACCACUACUGCGGUCUCUUCCUGCUCCACCUCAUCCUCUGCCAUCUCCGCCCCGCCGUUAAUUAAGCCAGUCUUGAUGUCCAAGUCCGUGCCACCUUCCCCAGAGAAGAUAUUAAACGGCAAAGGAAUUUUGUCUGCCGCAAUAGACAAGAAACACCAAAAUGGCACCAAAAACAACAGCAAGCCUUACAGGAGACUUUCAGAGAGAGAAUUUGACCCAAAUAAACACUGUGGAGUAUUGGAUCCCGAGACAAAGAAACCUUGCACAAGAUCCCUCACCUGCAAGACUCACUCACUAAGCCAUCGGAGGGCAGUCCCAGGCCGGAAAAAGCAAUUUGACCUCCUUCUGGCGGAACACAAAGCCAAGUCCCGGGAAAAAGAAGUUAAAGAUAAAGAGCAUCUCCUGACUUCGGCAAGGGAAGGACUUCCAAACCAGUCCGGGCCGGCACAGGACUCGCUGCCAGGAUCUUCAGGGAGCUCGGGCCCAGAACCUAAAGUCGCGUCCCCUGCAAAAUCCAGGCCACCUAAUUCUGUGCUUCCUAGACCAUCAUCUGCAAAUAGCAUAAGCAGCAGCACAUCUUCAAAUCACAGUGGCUACACUCCGGAACCCUCUCUGCCCCUAGUUGGAGGUGACCUCGCCAGCCGACUGUCGAGUGAUGAAGGGGAGAUGGACGGAGCCGACGAAGCUGAGAAGUUAUUAGACUGUCAUUUCUCCACCCACCACCCCAGACCUCUCGCGUUUUGCUCAUUCGGGAGUCGCCUCAUGGGUCGAGGGUACUAUGUGUUUGACAGAAGAUGGGAUCGUUUUCGAUUCGCACUAAACUCCAUGGUAGAAAAACACUUGAAUUCACAGAUGUGGAAGCACAGAAACCCGAGCCCCAGGGCAUCAGGUCCCUCCCCCCUUUUCAGGACUUGCCUAACCAAUCUGCUGUCACUGAGCAACAUUGGGGCUGCCUGGGUGUCAACUCUGGAGAGCGUAGCACCCCGCUGCCCUCUCAACCUCGCUGCCCAAACCCCAGGCCCCGACGGGCCCGAACCUGGAGGGAUGGCAGCCGAUGGGGGCGUGGAAGACAUUAGGAAGAAAAGGAACGGCCAAGACUCUUUUUUCUUUAACAAGCAUUUAACUCUGCAUCAGGAGACGCCAGCACAGUAUUCUCUUUCAGCCAGGAAGAUCCCUCCUGCGGCAGAUAGCCCCAUGCCCUCGCCAGCAGCCCACAUCACUACCCCCGUUCCAGCAUCCGUUUUACAGCCUUUCAGCAACCCCAGUGCUGUGUAUCUUCCUUCAGCUCCCAUCAGCUCGAGACUCACCUCUUCUUACAUAAUGACAUCAGCCAUGCUCUCAAAUGCAGCUUUUGUGACAUCGCCGGACCCAAGCGCCCUCAUGUCACACACCACAGCUUUCCCUCAUGUGGCCGCAACCCUCAGCAUCAUGGACUCAACCUUCAAGGCCCCAUCUGCCGUGUCCCCGAUACCAGCCGUCAUCCCUUCCCCAUCCCACAAGCCAUCCAAAACCAAAACCAGCAAAUCCUCAAAAGUCAAAGACCUGUCCGCCCGUAGCGACGAGUCUCCAAGUAACAAAAAGAGGAAGCCGCAGUCUUCGACUUCCUCCUCCUCCUCCUCAUUAUCCCUGCAGACACCCCUCUCGUCCCCAUUAUCAGGGCCCCACAAAAAGAACUGUGUCUUGAAUGCCAGUUCAGCUUUGAACUCCUUUCAGGCGGCCCCUCCCUAUAACAGUCUGUCUGUGCACAACUCAAACAAUGGGGUGAGCCCACUCAGUGCCAAACUGGAGCCCUCAGGACGGACCUCGCUGCCCGGCGGCCCCGCGGACCUAGUGAGACACGUGGGCUCGGUGGGCGGCAGCAGUGACUCCUGUCCCCUCUCUGUGCCCUCCCUUGCAGGGGACCUCUCUCUGGCCUCACACAAUGCCGUGUCUUCUCUGCCCCUCUCUUUUGACAAAUCAGAAGGAAAAAAGCGUAAGAACUCGAGCUCUAGUAGCAAAGCCUGUAAAAUCACUAAAAUGCCUGGAAUGAAUAGCGUUCACAGAAAGAACCCGCCCAGCCUUCUCGCACCGGUGCCCGAUCCCAUUAACAGCACCUCCUCUCGGCAGGUUGGGAAAAGCAGCAGCCUAGCUUUGUCGCAAUCCAGUCCUUCAAGCAUAUCCAGCCCAGGACACAGCCGACAGAAGACCACAAACAGAACGGGCAGGAUAAGGACUCUUCCAUAACAAGACUAUGAAGCCACUUCCAAACCAAUGCCUGGCCACCGGACCCCACCCUAGGAGGCAUAGGCUGGAGGAGGGAGGGAAGUGGGCAGUGGGGGAGAGUCUGUUUCCUGCGUCCUGCCUGUGGCUCUAGCCUUUUUUCUUCUUUUUUUUAAUUGACCAAUUUUUAAUUUUGAGGAAAAAGGCAAAAGAACGUGAUUUUGAGAUUUACAGAAAAAAAAUACCAGUGUUUUGUUUCCGUUCUUUCAUUUGCCACGUGUAUACCUUCUUCCAAGUUUGGGGUCACUCCUACCUUCUGAUGCUGCUGCUGCAUCCUUUCGCUCCAACCAUAGGAGCAGACAUUGCAGAAUGUCCAUUCCUGGUUACAUCAUCUGAAACUCUUGAACUUGAGCACGUGCAGUGCUCCCUUCCUUGUCCUUUCCCACCUAUCUCUUCCAUCCCCUCCUACCUGUUACUCUCUAGGUCCCCACUGGCCAUUCGAGGAGCAAGCUCUCCCAAGCUUCCCUUUAGAUAGUGUGCCGGGGGAGGGGCUUUGCCGGGGGAGCAGCCUGUGAUUGGGGAGCAGAGAGCUGGAGGUGGGCUGAGUGUCCUCACCAGGUUUCUAGGCUGCCUAGCACAGCAGGAGGAGCCCGAUGCUGUGAGCAAAUUUGAAAAUAGUGGUCAUUUAAUGAUGGAGCUUCCUCAGUACCACUGCCCAGUUGUGUAGCUCAGAGAGGAUGUGCGGGGUCAGGGACAGGGAUGGAACCAGCCUGGGAGGUGACAGGAAGAAAGCCUCAAAAGAUGGUAGGGACUGAGUGACUGGGUUAAUCUGAUGUGUAAGACAUCCAGGCUGCAAAAUCCCUUCCAAGGCACCGUGUACAAGGGCGCUUAGCUGAGCGAGCCACAGGGGAGGAAUUCCAGGGAAGAGGGUACGAGACCCCACAAAGUCACUCAGGAGGAGGCAAGGGUGCCCCCUGGGCUAAGCAAGAGGAGAAAAGGCAAGGCCAGAAGGAAGGGCCUGGGGAAAAGUCGCCGUAAAAGGUUAACUGCCAAAGCCCCAGUGGGAAUAAACACUGGCCUUCCCCUCCAUCCCCCCCAUCCCCACCCCCACCCUCACCCCCCACCCCCGACCUCCACCUCCGUGCCCUGGGCCACAGGGCCCUGUGGACUCAGCACACCCCUAGAUCUGCUCAUGCUAGGUUGUGAGAGGCUCCCACCCCGAUCCAGCCACCCCAGGAAGGUAAGACCACUGCUUCUGGAGAAGAGCCAUGUGCAAGAUUCCGAAGGGAGCAGCUGGAGGCUUGCAGCUAUAAAACUGUUCACACUGGAGUUUUGAAAGAAACAACAAUACCAUAAGCUCUAAUUGGGAAUCCUAAUCAGGAAAGGAAUUCAUGACGUCUCAUAGGUUGUUCUGUGCUACGAAUCAUGUCACUUAGCAUACAGUGUAAAGGUAGAGAUACUAGGAGGUUUUACUUCAACCCUAAGUCAGAAAUGAAUGCCAGUUUCGAAGCUGGACGUAAACCCUCAUCCCCACCCUGAAGUUUUCCUCUUCUUUCCCAUUCCCCCCAAACCCAAAGAUCAGACUACUAUUCAAUUUUACCAUAUGAUCGGAUUUUUUGAAGAUGGGAGGCAAACGGAGUGAUUUGCAUCAAUGGAAUUGCACUGACAGUGUUUCUUAAUAGGAUUACUAAAAUUUUUAAUAUAAAAUGAAGAUUUUUUUUAAAAAAAUCAGGAGUUGAUAUUAGGUACUAGGACAUUAGUUCAGAUGAUUUCAUUUUUAUUUCUACAGUGUUAAAAGUGCACUUAUAUGCUGGUUUAUUUCCAUCUUGGGAAAAAGAGACUACAAAUUGAAGGGAAGAUUAUUACUUUUUCUUUAAAAAAAAAAAGGUUAAGGCAGAUUUUAAGACUUAUAAAUGUUUAAGAAAUUAUAAACAAGGUUAGACCCUUUGAAAAAAAAGUUUAGAAAAUAUUCUUAAAGUAAAUUUUUAUAGUGUUAAUUUUGUAAUAAUUUAUGUUUUACUAUAUUACAGAGCUAACUGACCAGAAUAGUUUCAGAAACAAUAUGAAACUUAGGAAAGUUGAAGCAAUGUUUAUAUUUUUAAAAUGUUCUUUGAAUUAUGUUUUUAUUGUACAUUUCUUCAGACUGAAAAGUAUGUACAUAUCUUUGUUAUUUUUGCACAAUUUUCGUCUUGUUCGGUUUUAGAAGUCUUUUUUUUUAUAAUUUAUUUUGCGUUGUCAUACUUGCAGGAGUAAAAACAAACAAACAAACAAAAUCUCAGCAACAAAAUAACCCUCUGAUUUAUAAACUCUUACACUCAAAGAGGGAAAACAAAGGUUGAGAGAUUAAGUGGCUGCUUCUGAGAAAUGCUGUCUCGACAGGGACUAAAGGAGCAAUUCAAUGGAUCUUAAACAUUUCAGCUCUCUACAUCUGGAGUUGCAAGCUGGAUUAAAGAGGCUCCCCACUGAAUGCUGCUUACUUGGUGAAAGACUGGCUCUGACCAAGGUGAGGACAUUUCUGGAAAACUGAGCAAAAAGGGAAAGCCCACGGUGUUUCUUCCUUCACAGUCAACUACAGGUUUACUUUAUAAUGAUGUCAUCCAAAACUCACAGCUUGAAAAAUGGAAUGCAAAUAAAAGGUUUUCUUUUGGUU